AUGAUGAUGCGCGCCGGCCUUCGUCUCAAGAGCGUGUGGGUCGCGUACAUGCUGCUGGCCGUGUCCGCUGGUCUGGAGCGCGUCCCCGUUCCUGCAAGUCAUGGUGUUCUUUUCCGGCGUGUUCACGACCGCCCUAGAGAAGGGAGCUGCUGCCGCUGGUGUUUCUUUGGUGGAGAAAAAGGGAGGAGAAUAUGCUUGAUCUGCUACUAUGCAGCUCGUAGGAAGGAGAGAGGAGAUGGUGCUAGCCUAGCGAUUUGCACUCAGCCAAGGGGCGGCCUCGGCAUCGUCUGCAACCUCGGGGGGCAGUACGAUGAUACCUUUGAUGACGUCCAGCUGCAACUGAUGAACUACUUCACCUACAAAGCCGUCAGGACCAUGCUGACCCAGCUCUACGAGAUGAACCCACCAAGCUACCGUUGGUUUUACAACUUCGUUGCUGUCAACAAACCUACUGAUGGCAAGCUAUUCCUUCGUGCUCUCAGCAAGGAGAGGCAGGAGCUUGCAGAACGGGUGAUGGUAACCAGGCUUCACCUGUAUGGGAAAUGGAUAAAGAAAUGUGACCAUGGAAAGAUGUACGAGAUGAUCUCCGACGAGAACCUAAAGCUGAUGCGGGAGCGGCUUAUGGAGACUGUCAUCUGGCCAACCGAUGAUACCAACACGGAGAAGAUCGGCUGAAGCGAGGUGUGAAAUUCUUUUGGGCUCCUGAUUAAGCUUAGCUCCUUAGGUAGAGCACUGUGGUUUCUGCAUCAGUCUGUCAGUUACUCAGUUGUAUAUAACUGGUGGAGUUGUAGUAGAGAGAAUACAUUUUUCUGGGAAGUGUUCAGGAACAGUGUGUGGCAAUAUGAAGUCUUACAGUUUUGAUUUACCCCUCCCUUGUCUCUACAGUUGAUUUAAGGUAAAAAAAUACUCUGCCUUGUAAUUUGAAUGAAUAAUGAAGCUUUAGUACAUUACAGAGUUCA